UCUCUAGCAUUUAGUUGCGUGCCAGUCAGAUGGUCGUAGAACGCCGGUCCACGAGGUUUAGAUUUUUGAACGGAGUGAUAAAGCGUGUACCUUAGAAGACAAAUCUCGCGUAUUACUGUGUACAAUCGUUUUCGAUUAUUUUCAACGAAAAUGUUAACGUGUGUGAACUGCGGCUGCACCGAUUUUUACAAAGAAUCUGGUUACUUCUUCUGCACAACAUGUCAAAUGCAAAGUCAGGACGCUGGGCAAGAGCUACAGCUAGACUUGCCCAUGCAAAUUAACACAAAGCUACGAAAAACAAGAAUCCGUCGUAUGGGAAGUGACAAAACAGAAGACGAAAUUGGAUGGACAUCUUGGGAAUUAUACAAUUUUGUCAUGAUUGGUUUGACGAAUGAACUUAUUGAGCUUGGCGCGUCAGCUGAUAUUAAAGCGACAGUUUUACAAUUGUGGGCACGAUAUUUGGGAAGAUUAGAAGUAGCUUUUGUCUCGAAAAAAAAGAGGCUAAUACCAAAGCUCUCUCGAAGAUUUAAGAAAAGGGAUGCUGUGAUUAUAUAUGGCAAAGUAUUGUCGCAGAAGAAAGCUAAGAAACAAAGAAGAUCUGGAAGUAAUGUAACGGAUUUUGCUUCCACUUGUCCAAGUCAGGGAACUUCUAUGAAGGAAUUGAAUAGAAACAAAAAACUCAUGAUCACUGCGGACUAUGAUAGAUUUGUGCAGUCACAGGCAAGUUCGGAAGGAGAUGCACUUAGUACAUUUAAUUCGAGCAUACACAGUUUUCAGUCUAGUUCGGCGCGAUCUUCUGAAAAUGGAAGAAUACAAUUCAGUUCUUCUGCUAAAGAAGAAAGAAGAAAGGUGAAGAAUAUGGCAAAGAAGAUAUCAAGACAGAAACGCAGCAAGUACAAGCAAAGUCAUGUAACCACUCGGUAUAAAAUAAGCCCAGAAUUAAUUACACCGAUGAAACUGUGGGCAAUCUUAUACCUAGCUUUGAGGAUUCACAAUCAGGAUAUACAUUUAGGUGAUAUGAUAAGAUAUGGGAGAGAAGGACAUUUAUCUUAUUACAAAUUUGAUCACUUGAUACCUCCUGAAGUGGCUUUAACGAGAGACGAUGUAAAUUUCUUAUCACGAGCUGCGGACAUAACGCACAAGGGUAUGAGAAGUAUAAUAGGAAAGAUGGCAGAAUUCCUUGGAGUCACCAAAAUAAUUUGUCCAGAUUUCUUGUCAUUUAUCGUUCGAUAUUGCAACGAAUUACAUCUGCCAAGAGGGAUAUCGUUGUAUGCAGAAAGAUUGGUAGCCUUAUCUCCUCCGAAGAUGACAUUCGACAGAAGAACCUGCAUUCCUAAUUAUGAAGGCCGUGCUAUAGCAUUCAUUAUCGUGGUAAUGAAGACGUUACUGGGCUUGGACGGCAUUACAGAAUAUGAAAUUAGUAAAGUCGCAGCUAGCAUAAAUAGUGCAAUUGAUAAUGAAGGUAUUUGCGACUUCAAGCUAUUCAAUUUUCGGGAAUGGCAGGAUUACGUUGAAUGUAGAAGAGCUGUGUUGGUUAACGCGCACUAUCCUACCAAGUUAAAGCACAAUCCGGACGUACCCGACGUCAAUAGUUUAUAUAUUAAAUAUUUGGAGUCUAUGAGAUCCAAGUCGGACAGGGAAGAACCAGAGAUAACUACUGGACAUAAGCACUUAAUACCGCGUGAACUUGUUCACGCAAUGAAACAUUGCGUUACUAACAUAGAUUACAUUGAUGUACCGUUAAAUGACGUAAACGAAUUUUCUCCUUCGUUAACGCCACAUCACUCGUAUCUUCAACAAUUGUUGGAACAUCCGUCGUGGGACCUACCAAGUAUACUUCGAAAUGAUUUCUUUUCCACCAAAAUUGGGUAUAUGACGAAGCCGGAUCUUGUCUGCAAACUGGCCGUACAAUACAACAUCCCAUUAGACAUUAUCGAUUCAAAUUUGCAUUUCGUCGAGAAGAUUGUGCCAUUCUUUGAACAAGCAAAAAUGGCCAAUAUGAAGGAAUUGAAAGAUAAUGUCGAGAUACAAGACUGUCUGGAAGAGGAUAUGGAAACAUCGGAGAAGAAGGAAAGUUUCAUUGAAUAUCUACAUAAAAAGAUACCUUGUCGGUUUAAAAUUGACCCAAAAAAGAAACAGUAUUACGACAAUAGUUGCAACAGAACAAUAAAUACAGAAACUCCCCCAUUAAUAUCCUCCGAUGAAUUUAUAUUCAAUGAGGUUCUUCCAAACGGCAAACUGGCAAUCCCGGAUGAGAUCGGUGGUGACGAAAGUGAAGACGACGAUACGUAUUCGGAGGAUGUUCCUAGAGAGACAAGAGUAUUGACGAAAUUUUGUAAAGCAUACGACAUACAUUUUUCGAGCACGGAGAAAAAAGCUUUACUCGGACAUUCACGCCAAGUGAAGAAGCAGAAGCGCAAGCUCUCAAGAAAUGUGCAUGGUAAGUUCGUUAAACAGGACGACGACUCUCGCGGCGCUGAAAAUCCAGACGAGGAUGAUUGUUACGAAGAACAAAUCGAGAUGGUUUUAGCAGACGAUUUCAAGGUCGACAGUGUACUACCAGAGAUUUCGGAUAUUUUGAAUAUGAAUGAUGAUAUGUCUAAUCGUUUCGACGAUCUCUUGAAGAACGAAUAUGACGACCAGGACAAGAGACAUGACGAAAUGUUCAAAUUGGCAACUGAUAAUUCUGCUUUCGCGUCCGAUACGAAAUUGUACGACGAUACGCUCAGGUUGUGCCGACCUUUCACAGAUUACUGGAUGUAUCACUGUAACUUUAGUCGCGUAAAGCCAAAGAAUUUUGAAUUAUUCGAGAAAAUGCUGCCGAGGGGUUUCCGAUGGUUGCUGAACGAAUGCGCGAACGUCGUUGAAAUGUCGACGGAGGAUCUCUAUGAGGAGGUGUGCCUCGUGGAAGCCUAUCAUGCGUACUUAUCAGAACAGUUCGAGAGUUGCGUACCGACUGCAAGCAGCAACCCAAAUUAUAGCCAAAACCGAGCGUACGUCAACGCGAUCUUGAAGAAAUGGUAAAGUGAAUAAAAAACAACAUUGUCAAUUGCAAUCGAUGUUAAGAGACCUGUGAUAUAAUUAUACAGUAUUAUAUUUAUAUUAUGCAUGUGAUGUUACAUAUAAUUUUCAUGAUGACAUGUCAUGAAGCAAACGUAACGAUAGUUGAAAAUAAAAUACUGUGUUAAUUUCGUUUAAUAAAAAAAUUAAUUAUUGAA